UUUGAAUUUUUGUUUUCACGCCAAAAUAAAACAUAAUAAACAAAGCCGUUGUAAACUUUUUAUCUAUUGAGAUAUUUUAUUUACUUAUACGUGUUUAAAAACAGUACAAUGGGUGAACAGGUUGAAGACCAGGGAAACGAAACCAAUCUUGAUAACUCCGGACUAACGACGUUCGAUAAUCUUACAAUUCUAAAGGAAUUCAGUAAUAUAGUAAAUCUUGUAAAAAAUGAAGAUUUUCUUGAGACUGUCCCCAAAUCUAAAUUGAAAAGAGUUAAGUGGGUUCCAAUGUUCAAUUGUCUAAAACAAGGUAUUCUUGAUGAAAUGGUGCAGGAAAUAAGCUCAAUGUGGGACUUUGAGAAUAUGUCAGCCAAAUUAGAAGUUCUUGAAAAACAAAAGGAAAAGUUUUCUGAAAUUAAUCCAGACCAACCUGUAUGGAGACCGCAACUUAAUGAUGUCCAGGGCCAGUUAAAAGCUUCAGAUGUUGCCAACUUGAGGAAACAAAAAAAUUUGCUUGAAUCUUUGGCUAAAGAAUAUGAAUCGAGAGCCAAUCGAUUAAAGAAAAAUAUUACUGCCAAAAGAGGUUAUUUGAAAGCAAUGCAAAUGGACAUUCAAAAAUAUCACAAGAAAAAUGAAGAUCUUGUUAAUAAACUAAAUGACAAAAUAACAAACCAUGGAGAAUUAGUUGAAAUAAUCAUACCAAAUACAACAAACAUUGAUGAUAUUGUCUGGUCGGAAAAAGAAAUUAACAAGUGAUAAAACAAUGAUCUUGAGGAAAAAAUUUAUAUUUCAGAAAAUUGUACACACUUGAGAAAAUACAACAUAAAUUUAGUAUCUAAGUAUAAUAAUUUAAAAACUCAAUAUUUGAAACUAGUGUAGAUGAAAAUAGAGAAUUAUUUAAGUGUAAUAUGAAGUGUUCAACAAAUGAGUUAUUACAUAAAUGCUAAGUUUGCAACAUAUAUUUGUGUACUAACUACUAGCAUAGAUAAAAUUUUAAUGAGCUCAUGACACUAAUAUGAAUUUAAAACAAUGAAGUGAC